AUGAUACUUAUCCCAUUGCCUAUGCAACCUUUACGGCCUACCUUCAAAGCACUUGGCCAUCAACAUAUCGUUUUCAAAUAUCAUGCCAGUCCCCUCUUAACCAACUGGGCUAUGUUCCGCAGCCGCUACACGGAACAGCCACAUGUUUUAAAGCCCAAAAUCCACGAGUUCUACGAUAAUCGCGACCCUAAUACGUUAUGGUGGAAGGUCACAACACAGCCUUUGAAGGUGAAAAGGGUUAUUCGAAGUCAUUGGUCGCGCCGACUACGUCGAAUCUUUCGCGAGGCAUUGUAUCUGAGAGGAUAUGAUGAGACUGGCAAGCCACUCCCACAGGAGAAGCUUCCUGAGGGGGUGACUCUUCGUACGGCUCCGCUACAUGGAACCCUAGAGAUGGAGCCUGUGGAGACAAUAAUCACACAAAACGAUGCGGCGGUCAAACGACUGAUGGGAAAGCAGCUAGACCGUGUCAUACAGACCAUGAGAGAGUGGCCGAUUGAUGAGAAAACGGGAGCUUAUAUUGCAUCUCCACCGUGA